AUGAGGAAUCUAUAUGAGGAUCUACAGGUAGUUCGAGAUAUGCAAACAACUCUGGGAGAGAGAUUUAUAGAUUAUUUUGAGAGACAUGGACAACCGGAGGAGUAUGAGAUCGAAGAGCUAGAAGAGAAAUAUCUAUUACUUGAUUGGAUUGCUUGUCAACUAUCUUUUCACAGGCCGAUAAAAACAAAGCAGCUAUUCAUUUAUGGAGUGCCAAAUAUGCAGAAGACAGCCCUUUUCCAUAUACUAUCCCGUGUUUUAAGAAUCUAUUUUACCAGCUCCCGAGGAGAUGAUCUCACUGGGGCACACAAUUACUAUGAUCUAUGGGUUUUCGAUGAAUCCCACGAACCAAAGGAUUCACGGGGAUUUCACAAGAAAGCAAAUGUGCCUAUCAGCUCUUACAGGCUCCAACUGCCGAACGAAGUCCCACGUUUUGAACGCGAGCCCAUACCUCUUCAAGGUGGACUCAUCGGACACCCGAGCUAUUCGCCGGGGUGCGACGGGGGGCUUCAUUAG